UCAUGACAUGAGAAUGUAUGAGAACGAGAGAGGGAGACGAUCAGAGAACCAAAUGGGAAUGCAACACUGAGAGCACAUCGCCAGCCACAGAUAUAUUUUGCAUUUGUAGCACUUCGAUGGUUGCCUACAUACGUCGAUAGAAUUUUUUUUUUCCCCAUUUGAAAAGAGAAGACAGCGACGGACUGAAAGCAAAGGGAGAAAAGUAGGCUACACUGAGCGCUGUUCGCACAAGGUUUUUCAGUCAGUGUGAGGUGCAGCUCCGAGGCCGACUGCCGCAGCGCCUCCACGGUAAGGUAGAACCACCUACCCUGGCCAGGCGGAGCCCGUUGUGUGUGCAAAUGAGUGGCCUGGCUGAGGAGCGCAGCGCUGGGACACUCCACAGAGUCCGCACAGUAGGAUGUCGUGGGUCCGAGGCUUGUUCGUAGCCACGGUGGACGAACGAAAGACGGCGUGGGGGGAGCGCAAUGGCAGCAAGUCCAAGAAGCAGCGGGACGGUGGCUCGGGGUCAUCUCUCUGCAACCCGCGCUACAUGAGCUGCCUGCGGGACGCCGAGGACCUGGACUCAGCGCCCCCCAGCCCUGAGAACUACCACCGCGGCGGUGGGGGGGCCGGGCCCAGUGGAGGGGGCAACAUCGGGAUGCGCUGUGGCUGGCAGGAGGACCACUACGGGAAGAGGACCGGGGCGGCCGGGGACCUGGGUUUGAAGGCUGUGGACCUGGGGUUCGACGACGGGGACCUGAGUGGGAGGAGAGGUCCGUGCGCGGAGGAAUUCGGGGAGGGGGCGGGCGAGGAUGGGGCCAGGUGCAGGGCGCUUACGGCGGCCGAGUGCUGGUCGUGCGUGGUCCGGGUGUUCCAGUCCAAGAAGUUCACCUCGGCGAAACUCGAGCGCCUGUACCAGCGCUACUUCUUCCGGCUCAACCAGAGCUCCCUGACCAUGCUGAUGGGCGUGCUGGUCAUCGUGUGCGGCGUCAUGCUGGCCUUCCACUGCGUCCACGCUCCGCCCAACGUGGCCUACGCCUCCGCCCUCUCGGUGGCCAUGGCACUGUUCCUGUCCAUGAUGGUGGUGUGCAACCGGAACGGCUUCCACCAGGACUACAUGUGGAUCGUCAGCUACCUGGUGAUCGGGGUGCUGCUGGUGGUCCAGGUUUUCGGGGUGCUGAUGGUGGCCCCACGUAGCGCCUCGGAGGGCAUCUGGUGGUCGGUCUUCUUCAUCUACAUCAUCUACACCCUGCUGCCGGUGAGAAUGAGAGCCGCGGUGCUCAGUGGAGGGGUUCUCUCCUCCAUACACCUCAUCACUGCAUGGCAACGCAACCAGGAGGAUGUGUUCCUAUGGAAACAGCUGAGUGCCAACAUCCUGGUCUUCCUGUGUACCAACAUGAUUGGGAUCUGUACCCAUUAUCCUGCUGAGGUAUCUCAGAGACAGGCCUUCCAGGAGACCAGAGGCUACAUCCAGGCACGCCUCUACCUGCAGAGAGAGAAUCAGCAGCAGGAGCGCCUGCUGCUCUCAGUGUUGCCGAGGCACGUUGCUAUGGAAAUGAAGGAAGAUAUCAACGCUAAAAAGGAAGAUAUGAUGUUCCACAAAAUCUACAUCCAGAAACAUGACAAUGUCAGCAUAUUGUUUGCAGACAUUGAAGGAUUCACCAGCCUGGCGUCACAAUGCACUGCACAGGAGCUGGUUAUGACACUCAAUGAACUUUUCGCUCGUUUCGACAAACUGGCUUCGGAGAACCACUGUCUGAGGAUAAAGAUCCUCGGGGACUGCUACUACUGCGUAUCUGGUCUGCCUGAGCCCCGUGCAGACCACGCCCACUGCUGUGUGGAGAUGGGCGUCGACAUGAUAGAGGCCAUCUCGCUAGUGAGAGAGGUAACAGGGGUCAAUGUGAACAUGCGUGUUGGUAUCCAUAGCGGCAGGGUUCACUGUGGGGUGUUGGGACUCAGGAAGUGGCAGUUUGACGUCUGGUCCAAUGAUGUCACGUUAGCCAAUCACAUGGAGGCAGGGGGCGCGGCAGGGCGUAUCCACAUCACCAAGGCCACCCUACAGUACCUGAAUGGGGACUAUGAGGUGGAACCUGGGUUCGGAGGGGACAGGAACACCUAUCUCAAGGAGAACAACAUCGAGACAUUCCUGGUGCUGGGCUGCAGCCAGAAAAGGAAAGAGGAGAAGGCCGCGAUGGCCAAGAGUGCCAUGAUGCAGCGUGCCCGUGUCAACUCCACUGAUGGCCUGAUGCCGCGCUGGGUGCCCGACACACGGUUCGCCAGGACCAAGGACUCCAAGGUCUUCCGACAGAUGGGAAUUGAUGAACCAUCUAGACAAGACAACCGUUGCACCCAGGAGGCUCUAAACCCUGAGGAUGAGGUGGAUGAGUUUCUGGGCCGAGCCAUUGACGCCCGCAGCAUCGACCAGCUCCGCAAAGACCACGUCAAGAAGUUCCUGCUCACCUUCCAGACUAAAGAGCUGGAGAAGAAGUACUCCAAGAAGGUGGAUGACCGCUUUGGUGGCUACGUGGCGUGCGCUCUGUUGGUCUUCUGCUUCAUCAGUUUGAUUCAGAUCAUCAUCUUUCCACACACACCUCUCAUGCUGGGUAUCUACAUCAGCAUCUUCAUCAUCCUUGUCAACAUCCUCUUCAUCUGUGCCAUCUACUCCUGCAUCAAGCUCUUCCCAGCAGCCUUGCAAGUGGUGACUAAGAAGAUAGUCCAGUCCCGUACCAACAGCACUCUUGUGGGAGUUCUCACCAUCCUCCUUCUCUUCAUCUCAGCCUUCGUUAACAUGUUCACCUGUGACAGAGAGGGCUUGGUGGACUGUGUGAUGCGUGAGCGGAACCUCUCCUCCAGCCUGGUCACCCUGUGUCUGCUGAACAAUCUGACGCAGUCUGCACCAGACAGACUCACCCUCUGUCCCAGUCAGAACACACCAUGCCACUUCCCUGAGUAUUUCUGCUACAGUGUUCUUCUGACCCUGCUGGCCUGCAGUGUGUUCCUACACAUCAGUAGUAUUGGGAAGCUGGCCCUCAUGUUGCUCAUUCAGAUCACCUUCCUGCUGCUGGUCGAAUGGCCCCAGGUGGUCCUGUUUGACAACGCAGACCUGCUUCUCACCGUCAACACCCUCUCUGUGAAUGACUCUCUAGAAUGGUUGACAAGUUCCAAUGAAACACUUACAGAGACAUGCCAGGAGAGAGUCACCAAGGUGUCCCUAAAGGUCAUGACCCCUGUCAUCUUGACGGUGUUUGUCUUGGCUCUGUACCUGCACGCUCAGCAAGUGGAGUCUACCGCACGCCUCGACUUCCUGUGGAAGCUGCAGGCCACUGAAGAGAAAGAGGAGAUGGAGGAGCUUCAGGCGUACAAUCGGCGCCUCCUCCACAACAUCCUCCCUAAAGACGUGGCCGCACACUUCCUGGCACGCGAGCGCAGGAACGACGAGCUCUACUACCAGUCGUGUGAGUGCGUGGCGGUGAUGUUCGCCUCCAUCUCCAACUUCUCAGAGUUCUACGUGGAGCUGGAGGCCAACAACGAAGGAGUGGAGUGUCUCAGGCUGCUCAACGAGAUCAUCGCCGACUUCGACGAGAUCAUCAGCGAAGACAAGUUUCGUCAGCUGGAGAAGAUAAAGACCAUCGGUAGCACUUACAUGGCAGCCUCUGGGCUUAAUGACUCAACCUACGACCGCGAGGGACGCUCACACAUCCUGGCCCUGGCGGACUACGCUAUGAGACUCCGGGAACAGAUGAAGUACAUCAACGAACACUCCUUCAAUAACUUCCAGAUGAAGAUAGGCCUCAACAUGGGUCCGGUGGUGGCUGGGGUGAUCGGGGCCAGGAAGCCCCAAUACGAUAUCUGGGGGAACACGGUCAAUGUGGCCAGUCGAAUGGACAGCACCGGAGUCCCAGACUGCAUACAGGUGACCACAGACCUGUACCACGUCCUAGUGAACAACGGUUACAGGCUGGACCACCGCGGCCUGGUCAAGGUGAAGGGGAAAGGAGAGAUGAACACAUACUUCCUCACCAGCGGCCCCGACGGUCCCCUGGGCAGUUAGCCAGCGGUGGCCGCGGGACUGCCCCUUGGCUGCUCACGAACAAGAAGAAAGAGGCGGGUCGGAAGACAGAAAGAGGGACGGGAAAGGGAGGGCGCGAACGGCGACAGAGCGGAUGGAGAGCGUGAGAGAAAGAAGGGGAGGUGAGAGAGUGCGAAAAAGAGAGAGCAAGGGGGUACAACCGAGUGAAGUCUGAGGCGACUUGGCAACGAAACACCGGGACACGUGAACACACUACAGGCUUAAAGGAGGAAACCGCUCGACGCCUUGAAGGACAUGUUGUACCGUGUGAUCAUGUAUUCUAAUGCACACUACUUCAGCGGUUGGGACUCAAGAAAUCCUAUUCCCUACAUUGGCUGAGGGCACUGGUCAAAACUAGUGCACUAGAAUAAAGGUAUAUGGAAUAGGGUGCCAUGCGGAAUGCACUCAAGGAAGUAACUUUUACGUUAAAACCAUUUACACAAAGCUACUUAAAAUAUAUAAAAGAGUUAUAAUUAUGACCGGUUGCCUUAGAUGGAGAUGACUGAACAAAAGGCUAUUUGUUUUGUUGAGCGCUGUACUUCACAUUCAGAGUCGCUAUUUAUUUUUCACUGAGAUGAACUGAGUUUAUUUGUUGUCAUGACACCUUGUGACAAAAGCAACACAUGAAAUAUGCAAGGAUGAGAAAGAGAGAAAGACGAAAUGACCAAAGAACCCAUGUUUGAUUGAGGGACUGACUGAUUUCCGUUUGAAAUGACUGCAAAAUGAAGAAGUGAAAUGACUGCGGAAGUGAACAACUGAAAUGACUGCGAAAUGAAAUACUGCGUACCUAUGUUGUCCAUGCAGCUUUUUUCCUGUCACUUUUGACGAAAUUGCCACGGAAACCAAUGUCACUGUAUUCGACAGAGGUGAACGCGUCUAUUUUUUUUUCCAACUUGAUAUGCUUGAUAAUAUGAAGGAGAUCUGAGAAAUCGGUCUUUGGUUUUCAAUUGCACACACAUACACACACAUUCACACACAUACACACAUUCACACACAUAUACACACAUUCACACACAUACACACACA